AUGAAAAAGCAACUCCUUGAGCUGUUUUUCAGCAGCGAAGGAUCCAGGCUUGCACUGGACGUAAACAAAAGGGUAUACAACCAUCGACCGGGACAUUGCCGUAAAGUAGAUGGAAUUGAACAUGGUUCCGAGGACAUAGCACUCAUAGAGGAAGAAGGCAUUGCAUUUGUGACUUCUGGAAUAUUCUACAUGUUACCUCGAGCAGAGGUAAAUUGUGCAAUUUGCGAAAUCAGUCGAUACAUUCAGGAUGUCGAGGGUAAAAUCUUUCUCUAUGAUUUCAAACAGAAAGGCACAUUCAAGGCUGUACCAGUACCUAUCAAUGGUGACUUCGAUAGGAAGCAAUUUCACCCUCAUGGAAUUUCUCACAUAGUCACAUCCAAUGGGGCUGUCCGGCUUUUUGUCAUCAGUCAUUCUAAGGAUUUUAAGCAUUCAGUACUAGUUCUUGACUGGAAUAGUAAAGGUCGACAACUCGACUUGGUAAAAAUAAUUGAGGAUGAAAAAUUUAUCAGACCUAACAACUUGGUAGCAGUCUCAGAAGAUGCUUUUAUCCUGACAAACGAUGGAUCAGCACAAACAGCGACAAUGAAUAUUCUUGAAAUGCUAUCAAUGAUACCCAGUGGAAGCAUAGUGUACUAUGACGGGAAGGUAAAAGUUCAUAUUUUCUUUACCUGCAAAAAAGGAAGGAAUGUCAAUGCAGUGGCAAUGGCUGUCUGA